UAACAUUUCUGUUGUUGUUGCGUCGGAGUUCGGACGUGUGUCGCGUCCGUGUCGCUCGCGAAAUUUAUUUAAUUUUUUCCAUCGACUUGCACAAACCGGAACUUGCUAAGAAUUGGGCAAGUCAGUUGUACAUUGUGCCAACAGUUAUGCAAAAUUCAUAAACAUCUAAUCGCCGUGCGCGUCAAAAGUAUUUCACAAAAAUUAAAAUUAUCGAAAACACAACAACAACAAGCAACGAUAAAUAAAGUGACGGCGAGUGGUUCCUUCUCACUCUCAGCGCGAGUGAGUAGUGUGUGCUUAAGCAUAUAUAUGUAUAUGUGUGUGCGUUGGUGUGCAUAGCCUGCAUAGCAGUGUGUGUCUGUAUGUGCGUUGUGUUUUUGUGAAGUAGCAGCGCAGCAGCAGCCGCAGCAGGCAAAUAACAAAAAAAAAAUAAAGAAUCAAAUACAAAAAAAAAACACAAAUCAAAAUCAAAAUGGCGCACCAACAACAACAACUGGCACAAUCGGUGAAUUGUUCAUUGGAUGAUAUCGAUUUGACGUCACUAAAGGAUCCAGCUGGCAUCUUUGAACUCAUCGAGGUCGUUGGCAAUGGCACCUAUGGCCAGGUCUACAAGGGUCGUCACACGAAAACUGGUCAGUUGGCUGCCAUAAAGGUGAUGGAUGUCACCGAGGAUGAGGAAGAGGAGAUUAAGCUGGAAAUCAAUGUGCUUAAGAAAUACUCAAAUCAUCGCAACAUUGCCACCUAUUAUGGGGCAUUCAUUAAGAAAUCACCGCCAGGGAAAGAUGAUCAACUCUGGCUGGUGAUGGAAUAUUGCGGCGCCGGUUCCGUCACUGAUCUGGUGAAAUCGACCAAGGGUCAGAGUUUGAAAGAAGAAUGGAUAGCAUACAUUUGCCGCGAGAUAUUGCGUGGCCUAAGCUAUUUGCAUUCGAACAAAGUCAUACAUCGUGACAUUAAGGGCCAGAAUGUGCUGCUCACAGAUAAUGCUGAGGUUAAACUGGUUGACUUUGGUGUCUCUGCGCAGCUGGAUCGCACGAUAGGCAGACGCAACACAUUUAUUGGUACACCUUAUUGGAUGGCACCCGAGGUCAUUGCCUGCGAUGAGAAUCCCGAUGCCACAUACGAUAAUCGGUCGGAUCUUUGGUCUCUGGGCAUCACUGCGUUGGAGAUGGCUGAGUCACAGCCGCCGCUUUGCGAUCUGCAUCCGAUGCGUGCGCUCUUCUUGAUUCCACGCAAUUCGCCACCGCGUCUCAAAUCGAAGAAAUGGUCCAAGAAGUUUCACGGCUUCAUUGACACGGUGCUAGUGAAAGACUAUCACCAGCGGCCUUACACCGAGAAUCUGCUGAAGCAUGCCUUCAUCAAGGACCAGCCAACGGAUCGUCAGGUGCGCAUACAGCUCAAGGAUCACAUCGAUCGCUGCAAGAAGCGCAAGGCGGAGAAGGAGCGCGAAGACUAUCGCUACUCCGGCUCCGACAACGACGACGACGAGCCGCAGCUGGCCGGCGAGCCCAGCUCCAUCAUUCAGGCGCCCGGUGGCGACACAUUGCGUCGCAACUUCCAGCAGAUCCAAGAGGGUCGCCUCGCUGCCGAACAGCAGCAACAUCAUCAGCUGCUCGCUCAGGCGCAGGCUCAAGCAGCCGCCGCUCAUGCUGCGGCCCAGGCGCAACUGCAUCAGCAGCAACAACAGGCUGCCGCAGCGGCAGCAGCGGCGCAUGCCGCGCAACAGGCGCAGGUGGCACAACAGCAGGCGCAGGCUCAACAGCCGCAGGCGAAUCGACAACAGAAACCGCCUUCGCGUCAGCAGAUUGAGGAGCCCGGUCCACCGGCACGCCCACAGUUGCCACAGCGUCUGAUUGUGGUGCCAGAUCCACCGCAUGCCAAUCGGCCAUUGCCACCGACACCGAAGUGCGGCGAGCCCGCGGCUCAAACACCGCCCCAGCAGCAGCAACAGCAGCGCAGCUCGCAGAACAACUUCAAGCCAUCGUUACCACCAAGGAGACCUGAGGAUCAUUUAGAUGUGUUAGCAGCACAAUUAAAUGAAUUGGGCGUGGUCUCCUCUCAACAGCCGCAGCCACAGACAGCAGCUGGUGGACAGCAACAGCAGCAAUUGGCACAGCCGGAGGCGCCUCCGCGCAACAAUCGACAAUCGGGCGCAUCGUCAACCGGCAAUGGGGCCAUUUGUGUAUCGGCCUCAUCAUCAUCAUCGAAGCCGGCGGCCUCGUUGCCACAGCAGCAGUCGAACAAUCAUCUGGGACAGCCCGUCAAUCCGCUGGAUCCACUCGAUAGCAGCGAUUCCGACAGCGAACCGGAUGAGCCCAAUGAUCGGGCACGCAACGAUGGCACACUCCUCGCCAGCGAUCCGCCCAAGCCGCUACCCGAAUUUUCAUAUAGACCCGGCCUGGGACCCGUUUCGGAGGAUUCAACUACAACAACGACCACACCGUUGACCCAUGGCAGCGGCGGUCCACCAAAUCGACCCUUGCCACCGACGCCGGAUGACGAUGAUCAAGCCGGAGAUCGUACGCUGAUCAUGAAGCGCAAAUUAGAACAAAACAUAAAUCGCUUACAAAAAUCGGCUUCCACUUCGCACGCGCCUAGAAAAGGCGACGAAGCGAAACUGUUGCGUGACUGGGACUUUGAUAAGUUCUUCCCAAAGAAAGCCGCCGCCGGCGGUGGCAGCGGCAGCGGUGUUGCCACCACAAUUAGCAACAGCAGCAGCGGCAGCAACAGCAGCACCAACACCACGGCCAGCUUUAAUCGUGGCUCAAGCUGGAGCACCCUGAAGCUGGAGACGCGACCGCAACGCGAAUCCAUUGGCCCAACGAAUGUGCCCAAAGGCUAUCAGCCAUUGAAGGGCGCCGGCUAUUCGCCAGCAGCCAGCAUUGCCAAAGAUCGCAGCAGCAGCAGUAGCAGCAACGCAACACAGUCGAAGCAGCCACAGCAACAGCAACCGCAACACAAGCGUCAAGAGUCCGAUUCGAAGCUGCCGAGUUUUGUGCGCGGCUUUCGACGUGAAAAUUCCGAUUUCUUUCCAUUAACGAAACGCCAUUCUGCGGUGUUGAGCGGCAGCAGCAGCAACAACAACAGCAAUGCACAGUUGCAGUCGCCGUCGCAGGUGCAGCGUGCCAGUGCCAUGUACCAAAGGAACAGCAUUUAUAGCAGUAAGGAUGUGCCAACUGCUGCACCUCGAACCAAAGUGCCAACAACAACAACCACAGCAGCAGCAACGGCAGCAACAACAACUGCGGCGGCAGCUAAACCAAGUGCAGCGCCUACAAAAUCGAGUUGGGCCAAUUUAGAUUUCUUGCGUCCGCGUCGCGAAAAGACUGAGUCUGUCAUUGUGCUGCAGAAUGCAGCAGCGCGUGCGCAGCAACAUCAACAACAACAACAGCAGCAACAACAACAACUGCAACAACAGCAGCAGCAGAAUCGUGGUGUAGCCAGUGGUGCUGGAGGGGACAACAGCGGCCUUGGCACCCCGGGCACCCGCACCAGCAGCGUUCUGCCCGAUCUACUCAGCCAGGCAUCGCCGGCAACGCCACCGCGUCACGAUAAAUCAUCCAGUGAGGAGUAUCAAGCGGCCAUUAGUUCAUCCGUGCAUUCCACGCCAUCGAAAUCGUUUAUCGCUAGCAGCAACAGCAGCAUCAACGUCGCCGGAGGCGGCAGCGUCGCUGUCGGCGUCGGCGGCCACGGUCAUGGCGGCGGCAGCGUUGUUGGUGGUGUAAUUAUUAGCAGCAAUAAUUCACCACAGUCAACCAUAUCGCUUGCCUCAUCGUCCACAUCGAAUUCACGACAAAAUUCGCCAAAGAAUUCGAUAAGCAAAACGCGCUCUUCCAGCAGUAUUACUAAUUUAUUGCAUAAAUCUGCUUCUUCCUCCUCUGCGAACAUUCUCCAUUUGACGCCCGGUGGUGGUGGUGCUGCCUCCGUCUCGUCCGCCAACUCUUCCCCCGCACACUUGCCACCGCACGCGUAUGCGCUGCAACAGAAACAACGCAGUUUUCUCACCUUUGGUUUCGGUGCCGGCGGCUCGGGUCCGACACGUCGUGAAUCCACCGUCAAUGUGAAUGUGACGCCCACAUCGCACGAUGUGACCAACGACACGCCCGAGAUACGUAAGUAUAAGAAGCGAUUCAACUCGGAGAUCUUGUGUGCCGCACUCUGGGGCGUCAAUUUACUGAUUGGCACUGAGAAUGGACUCAUGCUGCUCGAUCGUUCCGGUCAGGGCAAGGUCUAUCAACUCAUCUCGCGUCGCCGCUUCCAACAAAUGGAGGUGCUGGAGGGUCAAAACAUAUUGGUUACCAUAUCGGGCAAAAAGAAUCGCGUGCGCGUCUAUUACUUGUCCUGGCUCAAGUCCAAGAUCUUGCGCACCGACGGUCUCUCUGAUCAAGUGGAACGCCGUAAUGGCUGGAUUAAUGUGGGUGAUCUACAAGGUGCUGUACAUUUUAAGAUUGUCAAAUACGAGAGGAUUAAGUUCCUAGUGAUUGCAUUAAAAGACUCGAUUGAAAUUUAUGCUUGGGCGCCCAAACCAUAUCACAAAUUUAUGGCAUUUAAGAAUUUUGGUGAACUGGAACAUCGCCCCCUUUUGGUCGAUCUCACAAUUGAGGAUCAGUCGAGACUGAAAGUUAUUUAUGGUUCUGCUGAGGGUUUCCAUGCGGUUGAUUUAGACUCGGCUGAAGUAUACGAUAUCUAUCUUCCUAAGCAUACUCAGGGUGCUAUCAUUCCGCAUUGUAUUGUGGCGCUUCCAAACUCAAAUGGUAUGCAACUGCUGCUGUGCUAUGACAAUGAGGGCGUCUAUGUGAACACUGCCGGACGUGUGUCCAAGAAUAUUGUGCUGCAGUGGGGUGAGAUGCCCACUUCUGUGGCCUACAUAGGCACUGGGCAAAUUAUGGGCUGGGGCAACAAAGCAAUAGAGAUACGUUCCGUUGAGAGCGGCCAUUUGGAUGGUGUGUUUAUGCACAAGAAGGCGCAACGCUUGAAAUUCCUUUGCGAGCGCAACGACAAAGUAUUCUUCAGCAGUGCCAAAGGUGCUUCAUCGUGUCAAAUCUACUUUAUGACGCUCAAUAAGCCAGGCAUGGCCAAUUGGUAAAUUUUCCCCCCCUCAACAAGCUUACCAACAACAACAAAAAUAAAUAAACGGAAAUGGAAAAGAAACUGGCACUUGGCACCCUUCCGCAAAACUUGGCAACUGAUGAUCCAACAACAUUCAAUAUAAAUAACAACAACAAUUUUUUCUUAUUUUUUAAAAAGCAAGCUAAAAAAAACGCAAAAAAAAAGAAAUAUCAAACACACGCUGACACACAACAUUUAGCUCGUUUAAGUGAAAAAAGUGCAUAAUUUAUAAGUGAGACCAUCCUAUACAUAAUACACACCACACACACACACGUAAACUCACCACACUCAACACACACGCGAACGUAAACGUUGUGCUUAUGAAAAAUCACCAGAAUGAAGAAGACCGUUUUUCAAUUAGUAAAUGUGCUAUAAAGUUAAAUACUCGCAAAUAUUGAGAGUGCACAAUUUUUAAGCAAAAAGCGUUAAUAAAUGAAUUAAUUGAUUAGCGCCAUCGAAGAAAGUUAAGAAAAAAGCGCGAGACAUUUUCAAAGCUCACUCGUCGAGGUUUUUUUCAUUAGAGAAGAAUAGAGAACAACAACAAAUCAAAUGUUGUUUGGACACACACACACACAUGCAUAUAUGUAUAUUCAUAUGUACAAUGAAGUUACAUAACUAAAUCGCAGUUUAUUUGUAUGCACACACACACAGAUACACGAACACACACUUAUACACAACACAGCAAUUUCAUUUCAAAUGUCAUUUUAGAAUUGUGUUCAUGUUGUCUCUCUUCUACUUAUCAUAAUUUGCCUACAAGUUAAACUUAAGUUAAAAGCAAGCAAAAAAAUAAUAAAACAAAACAAAAGGAAACGCAGCAAAAUGAGAAAAGCAAAACAAAUAUGAAGAAAACAUGAUAAGACGAAAAAGAAACGUGCGUAUAUCGAAAAUAAUGAUCGAAUUGUGAGCAAAAAAAAAUGCAAUUAGUUUUUCAUUGUUCUCGAUAGCAAUCUAUUAGUAUUUAUUUGUGCGUUUUGAGCUAGUGCAAAAGCAAAUAAAGCAAAAACAUUAACAUUUAUAUAAAUAUAUAUAAAUUAAAUGUAUCUGUAUGCUCAUUUUUAUGAAAACAAAAUGAAAAGUAAAGAAAUGAAGUUAAAUGAGAAAAAUUAAACAAAAAGCGCCAUUGUAAAAACUAAGUGAUAAAAAGCAAAUAAAUAAUAUAGAAAUGCUGAGCGAUACAGAAAAAAUAAAGAAAAAAAUGUUAUAAGCCGAAACAAUUAUGAUUGAUGAUUUAUGUGUAAAAUAAGACAGAAAGCAAAACAAAAAAGCAGAAAGCAACACAAACAAAACAAAAUGCUUAACAAAUUUAAGAUGAAGCAAGCUAAACGAAAUUUGAAACCUACUUAUGAGACAAUUGAUUGAAUGCAUCAAAUUACAAAUUACACAAAAAGAAAAUAAUAAUGUCAUUUUUGAGGACAACUACUUACCUUGAUAAAAAAAAAACAAAAACAAACACGAUUGGAGGGAAGAAUUCGAUGAAC